AUGGUUAGAUACAUUUUCCACCGUAAGCUCUCCCUGGCCUCACCAAGAUUUCCAUUUGUCCUUGUUGAAUGUCAUGAGAUUCCUGUUGUCCCAUUCCUCUAUCUUGUUCUGGGUCCCUCAAGAGUCGCAGCCCACAGAAAAGUGGACAUAUCGCUGUAUAAUCUCCUUCCCACCUCCACUUCCCCACACAGACCCUCAUCACAGAAAACGAGUGAGCAAACAAAAACACCAAGAGAAGAAGGGCCUUUUAAAGUUGCAAGGAAGUGUUUCGUCCGCAGGCAUGAAGGAGCAAAAACAAAUCUUCUGUCAUUAAGGAUCUCCCAUGACCAGUUCUUCAGUGACAGUCCAGAUCUGUACAAAGAUCCAGAACACUGUACAAAGUUGCAGGAGCAGCAGAACCGGCUGUGGAGAGGGGCUGGAGAGUACAGAGCUCUGCAGUCAGCUCUGGACCCUUGUCCCUCUUGGGGACUGGGUACAAAUGGUUUCUGUUGCUGUAGAUUGGGAGAUCUAUCAAAAAAAUACUCAUCUGAGUUACACAGUGUUUGCAAAGGACCACAUCAAGUUUUCACAGAGAAGCAAUGUACUUUCCUCAUAACAGUCAGUAGUAGAGCACCUGCUCUUCUUGGAAGAAAUUUCAGCACAUGGCUGUUGCAAAUAGUAUUUUGUCAGACUGGGCACAAGUCUACAGAUUCUGAUUUGGCAAUACUCACCAAGGUCUCCACCUGGAGAAGCCAGGUGAAGACUCUAUUCCUUGGAGUUGCCCGUAUAAAAACACUGGCAAAAAGAAAGGCUCCUUAACCUCCUGCUGUGAAAUAAAAGGCCAUUGGAAGCCCUUCUGAGGUCAGAAUGAACCGUAAGUCCUAAAGAAAUAGGAAUGAGGAAAACAAUUUAGCAUAUAGACCACUUAGCUAAGAAGAGAGGGGUGCACGUAGGUCAGUGGAACAGGACUGUAUCACUCUGAUAUACAUCAUGAGACUUCUGAGACUACUGCAGACCUGCUAUCAGAAUUGUUGUGCAGAAAAUAAUUUUAAAACUCCUCAUGUUUCUCACUACAUGCAAUAACUCUAGGAUAGGUUAAACCUUCUUCCUGAUACGAUCUGGUAAAAAAGCAGUUUGCGUUGCCUGCCAUUUUACUGCCUGAUUCCUCUGUCGUAGCAGCAGUGGACUUCUAAGCAUUGGGUAGAGUCAAAAUACAGAUUUCUCCUGCUAGUAGAACUAAUGGUUAAACCAAUGGGUAACUAUGUACUUGCUAAUGGUUAUUAGUUUGAUCUUCUAAUGUUGUAGCACCAGUCAUGUGGUAAAUAAUCUCUGUUGCUGAAAUUGUAAGUCAAGCUAAUUUUUGAAGUGCCUCUCAUAUUUGAAGAUCCAUGAAGACUUUAUAAAUAGAUAGUUUUAAAUAGUAUAAGAAUGUGCUUUCAGAUUAUGUAUAUAAAGAGCCUCUACUGUUCCUAAGGAGCUCUAGUUUUCUUUUUUAGCCCUGUCCCUGAUCUACUUGAGGGCCCCAUGAAGGUCUCACUAGAUGGAAACAGCUAUGGUUUGGGAUUUUGGGAGUAUCAAACACAAGGUCUGAGAAUUUCAUGGUACCCCCAUCAACCUAGUGCAAAACUGUUAAGGGAGAGUAACAUAAAUCCGGGCUUUUCCAAUAAUUGUUGAGCAUUGCUAUACUUGGAGAACUUUACUGGAAGUAGGUCUUGGGAGUAGCCAGGAUGAAUAUGUCUGCUCUCUCUGGGAAGGAGGGACAAUAUUGACAGUAGAAACAAAUAAUUUUGAGCAGAUGCAUCUUGUCUCUUCUGUCGGAAUUUGGGCAUUGACGCUGGGCCUUUCACUACCAUUUUUCCUGGGAAAAGUUUACUCGUGGGAUCUUACUCCUUAUAGGUGUGAUAUUAUCCUUUUGUUUUGUUAUUCUUGUAGGAUUAAAUGUUGAGAUUUUUUUAACACUGAAAUAAUUACCCCUCUUGUACUAUGACGUGGCAGAGGCUGCUGAAAUCAUGUAAUUAUUUCUAGGAAUCUGAUACUCAUGUUCUAUUUUAAAGAUUUUUCUUUUGGUUUUAUGUAUUGGAGAUCCACUUUUCAUGGAAAUAAAACUGGAAAAGAAACUGGCAGCCAACACCAGGGAAUGAGUCUCCCUCUUCAGCUACCAGUUGUCAGCAAAGUAGCACUGUUUUCCUGUUCAGUGUACAUGACCCAUACCGGGUACACAGACAAAGGGAGUGUUCACUAGUCUUCAUUUUCCAUUUCUUUAUCAGGCUCCAUCUUUUUUGUAUUCACCAGAACAAUAACUAUCACUUCCAUCUGACUUCAAUCAUAUUUGCUGUUAAUUUGAUCCUUGUUUAGGGAGUGUUGUAUUUCCUCAAAGGAGAGCCCUGGAUCAGACAUAGAGAUUUUAUAAUCAUCUGGUAAUUUGUUACUUUGAUCUUGCAAAUUCAACUGGCCUAAUUUAAGGUUGGGCAAGUGGGUGCCAAUGAGUGAGAAGCAAUAAGGAACUCUUAGAGCUGUUAGCCGGUUAAUACUUUUGAUGUUUAAGGAUCACUUGAGUGGUGUAGGUGUUAAGAAAAUAUAACUCCUUUGAGGGAUAACUAACUCCACUGUAACUUGCUUUUCAGUUUAGCUUUAAAGAGCUCUUUGAAUGUUCCUUCCCAAGCAAACUCUCCCUUCAGUUGCUAGAAAUUUUAAAUGGGCUGAGUCAGUGAAUAAUAUAGUGCACAGAAAAAACAGAUCAAGUUGAAACUCCCCUCCUAAGCAAAUUUAAGCAAGUUUUUGAGAAUUGUAUAAUCAAAAAGCAAUAGUAAGUAGGGGAUAUAAAAGCAGUAAUAGAGGGGCACAGUGGAAGUAUGUGAGGAUUAUAUAUUAAUUUACGUAUUGAUCACAGUAGCAAGUGGGAAUUAUCUUAAGUAAUUUAAUUCAGGGUAUUUAACAUUUGUUCUACCAUGGGUUUUUUGUGUAAUAUUUAAAGAUCUGAAUCUCUCUUUGUGCUUGCCUAAAGGCCAUGCUUUUACUAGGUACUGACUUUACCAGAGACAUAAAUGAAUCUACAGCCCUGUGAGUCUGUAGGGUACUCCUUUGGUGACUGCCAAGAAUGAGGCAGAAAAACAAGUCCUACAAAGCAGUCUCCCCAUGUUAAAUGUCUGAGUAGGCCCACUCUUCAAAUAGGAAAAGUGUAGGGAUUCAGAAACUGAAGAAGAUUGAAAAUCACCACUUUGAAGUCCAACCAGUGUUAGUGUGGGCAAAGGUGGAAGGGGGAAUACAUACAGUGAAAAUCAACAGUGCCACCUUGUGUGGGUGGGACAAGAGAGUUCGGCCAUGAGAAGGGCAAAUGGCCCCAGGUGUGUCUCCAGCUUCUUCACCGGGAUUGGGGCAAGCCCCUGGCCAACUAGGGAGAGGGCAAAGGGAAGGAUGGGUUCUUCUUAGAUCUGCAGGAGGUAGGUGUUUACUGCCUCGCUGUGAAAAGCGGAGCUGGUGGGUAUGUAAGGGGCACUCAGCCUGACAGGGUGGAAGGAAGGACCAAAGCACAAGCAGGUUGCUUAGUUUUGUUCUUUUGUAACUUCAGCAGCUAGAAUAAUGUCUGAGGGAAGAGAGAGUAAUGUGAGUUGUUUUAAUAUAGGACCAGUAAAAGUGCUACCAAAAAUCUGGUGUUAUGCAGCCUUUUAGGGGUAAAAAACAGGUGAUUAAGAUUUAGGCUCUUAAGCUGUGGGCAAGGGUUGCAUAACACCAAAAAAAAUCUUAUGAGACUUAGGAGGAUGUAAGCCUUCCAUGAGGGACAAAGAAGUUAGACCCCUGCAGAUCAAGUAGAGCAGGUCUCCUCUAUGACUGAUCCCACGUUGUUUCUCAGACUAGGAAGAUAAUGUUUAAUUGCAAAGAGAGCAUUUGGGAAAGAUUGUUUUACUCCAGGUGCAUUGUAAGUAUGCAAAAAAGGGUGCGAGUUGCAGAGUAGGGUUAAUUUAAUUUUUUUUUUAGCACAAAAUAAAGCAGUGUAGGUUGGUUGCAUCCUCAGGCAAUGCAGACUGGUCUGGAACUACUUGUGUCUGUGCAAAAAGGAAUCUUUAAAUAAGCUACAAAAGUCAAAUGAUUUACAAAGUGAAUCUGUUGUUAAAGCAACCCUUCUCCAGCUGUACUCGGGGCUUCUUGGAGAGGGGACAGGGUCUGGAAAAUGCUAAGCACAUUUAGGAGCCACAAAACAAGAAAAAUUAUGUGUGACAUAUUUACCAUACAGGCAUCAUAUAGGUGAGAACAAUGUCUGCUUGAAAAAAGUAAUUUACAAAAAGAAAGUCAUAUGGAUUUAAGACCUAUGAGGCUCAGAAGUCCCAUUUUCUGAAGUUCCAUACAAACUGACUUUCAGGAACAUAGAAUAGUUUUAGAAGUUCCACCUGAUGAGAGUGUUGAUGAACUGCUUUUGAUCAUGACUUAACUGGAAAUAAAAUUAAAACCAACAUUGAGA